AUGGCGGUCGACUUGCGCCAAGAUGCGAAGAGCGCGAAGCCGAACAUGACGGAUGCAAGGGAUGGAGCUCUUGAGCCCGAGGUGCGUUCGCGCUCGCGGCGCGGUUCGUCAGCUGCAGGGCCAACGUCUCCUACGGGUGCUGGCGGCGCUGGUGCUUUAACGCACUUGGAGCCAGAUGAACAUGCGAAGAAGGGGAUGGCCGAGGUGCUUGCCCAGUGUUGGGCUUGGCGGUGGGGCAGAGGCCAUCUGUCACAGAAGCCAAGCCGGGCACGCGUCCGUACCCGGCUGGCCAGCUGGCUUGGCUAUUGUUUCACAUUUCUUUUCCUGCAAACUGGGGCAGCAACGCCUCAAGUGGCCUUUUUGACUUUUCAACAAGGAGCUUCAUCCGUACUUCUCAAUCUGCCUGCUAACAUCUCAGCUGAAGACGUCCGUCUGGAUUCAGAGGCCUGGGUGCGAAUCACCUUUGAUGAAGACGUGGUGCUCCAGCCCUCCGGACAGGUGACACUUUUUGAUGGUGUCAACUCAUCAUCUUUCGGUCUGGGAAGUGGGGCUGUCAUCGAUGUGAAUGAUUCCAGCCAGUUGGUACUGAACGAGGGGAACUUGGAUUCGACUUUUCUGACAGAGUUUGUCGGCUACUACCUGACAAUUGAUGCCGGGACGGUGCAAAGCGUGGGCAGCGGUCUUCCGAAUGCUUUCUUCCAGUAUACUUUCGCCACGGGUGAUUUUACUCCACCCAGCCUGGUAUCCGUUCUUCCUUGCAAUGGAGAGCCAAGUGCUGACCCUGACGACAGCAUUAACUUGACUUUCUCGGAGGGUGUCGAAGCGUCCGCGGAUGUGGCAAAGGUCGUCACCAUCCAAAACCUGUAUACUGGUGCCAGCACCAGUCUGCCCUGCAAGUCGAACUCCGUUGUUCUUGAGUACGACAGUGCCAUCGUGGACCCAGGCGCUUUCAUCAUUCACUGCCAAAGGUAUGAAGUUACCUACACCUCCGGCUGUUUCCGCGACCUGUCCGCCUCCCAAAACGAAGUGGCAGCGCUGUCAGGAGGUGCAUACGUCUUCGAAACGUCGUGCAUCACGGGUUUCAGUCCUGCCAACAACGCUGACGACUUCGCUUUGGAUGGUAGCAUUGUGAUCAACUUCAGCGAGGCCGUUGAGCCCGGUUCAGGGAACCUGGUGCUGACUCCAGUGGCCCGUGCCUCGCAGUACCGAUCUAUCCCUGUUCAAGAUGAGCUACAGGUGUCCUUUGAUGUGCUGAAUACGUCAAUCACGAUUUCUCCGAAUGACCCACUAUUGGCCUCCGACGUUGCGCGCUCCAAUCUGUGUCCCAUCAAUGCCGUGACAUUGGACGAUUGCAAGGGACAGAUCUGGGACAUCACAAUGGCUUCCGGGGUCUUGCGCCGUGCCACACCGACAAUGUUGUUGGCACAGCGAGAUCUGUUGGAGCCUCUUCAGCCCGCGGGCUCUAACGGCGAAACCUACCGUGUUCGCACACGAGCAGCGGACGUCACGCCACCAGUUAUGACGGUGGUAUCAGCCGAUGGCAUUUCGGAGAACAUCAUUCGCAUCACGAUCCGUCUUGAUGAAAGUGGCACAUCUUUUUGUCAGGCCUUUCCAGAUGGCUCCAGCGGGCAAAAGCUGGCAGUGACACUUUCGGAGAUAGGGUCGACGUUCGCUGCCUCUGCUGACUUUAGCUCAACAUUUGGCUAUGCUGAAAUGGAAGUCGAUGUUGCUGACCUGGCAACAAAGACCUUCUACAACGUGUAUUGCUAUGCGCAGGACACGGAGCAGCCCAUCGUUAACGUGGUAACCAUGGGUGCUGCAGUGGCAACCCGACAGCGGGUCCGCACCCUUGACACGACAGCACCGCUCUCCUUCAAUUGCACUGCCCAGGCGGCUUCAGGACGAGAAGAUGCCAUCGAUGUGAGCCUAACACUGGACGAGCUUGGCACGGCCUUCUGCGUCGCUGUCCGCGCGGGCCUCCCACGACCCAGCCGUUUCAUGGUGGCGGCAGGAUUCAGCUCAAUCACGUUUGCAUACGAGCCUUUUGUGGCGAGUAUGCUGGUUGACAUGGUUUCUGCGGACUAUGGGCCAAGCGGACGGGUCCCACUUCAACGGGGCACUGACUACAACGUGUUCUGCUGGGCACAAGACGACGAAGGAAACGGCCAAACCGACCCGGUCCAGUGUGGACCUGAUGCUUUGCCAGGCAUUGUCCGAACGCUGGACACCACGCCUCCACAGAUGAGCAUCAUCGACGCCGAGGCUGUUGCCAAGGAUACGCUCCAGCUCAUCCUGCGCCUGGACGAAGGAGCUAAGGUCUGGUGCGCGACCUUCGAGUCGGAGCCGGUGAACAUGUCCCGUGACUUCGAGAGCUUGAUCAAAGCUGAGUCGGCCAACUGCACGGACACUUUGGGAAACGAGUGUGGCAGUUUCUGGGUUUAUGACCUGGACGACAUCGAGGAUUCUUCCGCCGACGGGGUCUCCACUCCAGCGGAUUUUGAUGCCAGCCCAUGGAAAUACCAGCAAGAUGUGUCGAUAUUGCUGUUGAACCUGGAGGAAGCCACUCGAUACGACUACAUCUACUGUUAUGCAGAGGACGAUGAAGAUGACGGUACAGGUUCCGCAGCGAACAAGAUGGUCUUCAAUACAGGUGUUCAGGCAAGUCAGGUGGAGUUCAUUCGAACUCAGCUCGGAAGCAUUGUCACGCUGGAUGAAACACCGCCGACCUUCACUGCACUCGAGAUCCAGGAUCCUACCUCCUCCAACGAUCGAAUCUCUAUAUCCUUUGAGUUGAACGAGCCUGGAACUGCAUACUGCCGCGCGACACGUUCAGACUCUGGUGAGACAGCAGCCGACAUGCACCUGAACCGAAUUCUGUCUGCUGGCUGGUCGUCUGCAUAUGAUGGAAAUGGCACACGGACAAUUACCAUGACAAAGCUCGAGAAUGUGGAUCCACUACUUACCAGCCGUGCCGAUGAAGAUGUGUUCUUCUUGGAGGCCACCCUUUACGAUGUGUACUGCUGGGCACGCGAUGCAGCCGUGGACACAAAAGGGUUCCCAAGACCGAAUUACAUGACGCAGGAAUAUGUGAGUGCAGAUACUGUCAGUGCUGGCUCUCCUGCUGGUGGUCGCGUCGCAAACAUCUGGGUGAAAGACUCUACGCCACCGAGCGUCACUCUCAUCGAUUCGGAGAGCCUUGACUCCAACACCAUCCAGGUGACGCUCCAGCUGGACGAGCCUGGCACGAUCUGGUGUCAGGCCAUGAGCUUGCAGGGCCCCGAUACCUCAAUCUGCGAUAACAGCAGCUUGCAGGACGUCAAUGACACCGAGCCCUGCUACUAUGAAAGCCACAUCAAAGGUUCCGGACAAUCCGUUUUCAGCAUCACAGCGCCGACGCCCCACCGCAACGUCCACAUCGCCAUGAACCGCUUGCUGGACAGCAGCCAGGUUUCCACGACCUUGGUCUCUCAGACGGAUUACCAGGUGCUCUGCUUCGCGGAGGAUGAUUGGCCCAUAGAGGCAAGUAGCCUGCAGCUCGCAAGCCGUUCGCCCAGCUUCGUGGCACCAACCCUUCCGAACAAGGUUGCGCUGUCAGCCGUCCAUUCCCUGCGAGAGCUCAUCGGAACGAAGAGAACUUUGGAUGAGAGUCCUCCAAACUUCACGCAGCUGGCGAUAGAUGAUCCCACCACCUACAACGACCGCAUCAUCGUGGCUUUUGCCCUGAAUGAGCCGGGAACUGCUUACUGCCGUGCAACACGAUCCGACUCCGGGGAGACGUCUGCUGACAUGUCUGUCGUGCGCAUCCUGGGCGCCGGCUGGUCCGCUGCGCAAAAUGGCAGCACGGUGCCGUCGAUCAUCACAAUGACGAAGCUGGAAAACAUCGACCCUGCCCUGACAAACCGCGAUGACCAGAACAUCUUCAUUGAUGAGGCAUCUCAGUACGAUGUCUACUGCCUGGCCAAGGAUGACGCCACCGAUGAUCGCGGGCUUUCUCGUCCCAACAUCAUGGCCGCCGGCUACAUAAGUGCUGAUGUUGUCGAUCCCUUCUCCCCACAAGGAUCCUGGUUCGUGCCGCAGCUGUCGGGGCUCGGGCUCUGUUUGGGCGCGCCUUUUCUGAAGGAGACGCUCCGGAUCACGCUGCAGUUGGACGAGCCUGGAACCCUCUGGUGUCAGGCGGCAGAAGUGGUGGCGGCCCCGACCCAGUUGCAACCUGAGAGAGUCUCUGGCCAAAACAUUCAGGCCAACUCCACCACUGUGCUGAACUGCAAAGAGGAUGAAGUGCAGGCCACGAAUUCGAGUGAAGACUGUUUCUACGAGGACUUUGUUAAAGGCCUGGAUAACGAAACCGUCUUUAGCGCAGUGUCCGAACCUCACCGCGAUGUGGUGAUCGACGUCACGCGGAUCUGGCAAAAAGAUCAGACCUCCACUCCUUUGAUGCAUGAGCACCUCUACUCCGUCUUCUGUUUCGCUGAAGAUGAUUGGCCGGCCCAGGUGUCGUCGUCUGUUUCGGUGAACUUCGCCUUGACCACCGGGACAAACAAAGUCGACCUGUCUCAGGGCUUGGCCUUGAAAGAUGCGAUUGGGCCCCUGGCAACCUUAGACGAGGCUGCUCCAACUUUCACCUUCCUGGAAAUCGAAGAUCCAACUGCCGGCAACGAUCGAAUCGUGGUUGCUUUCGCAUUGAACGAGCCGGGAACUGCAUACUGCCGACCCACACGUUCAGACUCGGGUGAAACAUGGUUGGACAUGCACAUCAACCGCAUUGUCAGCGCUGCCUGGUCUUCGCCGUUCACAUCAGGUGUUGCUACCAUCGAAAUGACCAGCAUCGCCAACCGAAGCCUGGAUCGACUGGACAAUGCAGCUUUGGAAGAGGCGGUGCGCUACGACGUGUACUGCUGGGCAGAAGACGAUGCCUUGGAUGGUUGGGGCAUGGCACGUCCAAACCUCAUGAGCCAGGACUAUGCCGGGACAGCAGUCGACAAUGCCUCCAGCCCGGCCGGCGGUUUCACUGCUGGCGUCUGGGUUCGAGACUCCACGCCGCCCAAGAUGAUCUUCGUGCGGUCAGAGGCCGUCGCGCGGUCGACGCCCACGCUACAGGUGACCCUCCAGCUCUCAGAGCCUGGCACUGUCUGGUGUCAGGCUGCAGAUUUGCUGGAUGAGUGCACGGCUACGGAUAUUGCAGGUGAAACAAACCCUGGCAGUCCUUGCUAUUUCGUGUCCUUCAUUAAGGGCAACACGACCUCCAGCUUCGAAGUUUCCGUCGAGAGCGCCUACCGAAAUGUUGAGGUCGAGGUCAACGUCCUGCAGCUGAGAGCCGGUGGGACCCGGGCGCUUGAGCCGCAAAGGCCUUACAAUGUCUUCUGCUUAGCAGAGGAUGAUUGGGUGCUCCAGGCAGAUGCCGCAGCAAACUCCAUCAGUUACAUCUCGCCCAGAUCUCCUUUGCAAGUGUCGCUCAACAACAGCAUUACCUUGAAAGACGAGAUCGGGCCACUUGUCACCCUGGACGAAAGCCCACCGUCGUUUACCAAGCUGCUUAUUCCAGAUCCCACUGCGUACGACGAUCGGAUUAUCGUCGUCCUGGCUCUGAACGAGCCGGGCACCGCAUACUGUCGUGCUACUCGAUCGGACUCAGGAGAGACAGCAGUCGAUAUGUCUGUCAAUCGUGUGAUCGCAGCGGGGUGGUCGGCAGUUUUUGCAAGUGCUGACGUCUCCAUAGAAAUGACAAAGCUGGAGAACGUCGAUCCCGCUUUGACGGCCAGAGAUGAUGUGGAUGUGUUUUUCGAAGAACAGACGCAGUACGAUGUGUACUGCUGGGCACAGGACAGCGCGGUGAACAGCCAAGGGGUCCUGCGCCCGAACUACAUGUCACAUGCCUACAUGGCGACAGAGGUGAAUUCUAGCUCAAGUCCGGCUGGUGGUCUGACACAACAUGUGUGGGUCACGGAUUCGACUCCUCCUACCAUGAUCUUCGUUCGGGCGGAUGCUUUGGCAAGUGCCACUUUGCAGGUGACGUUGCAGCUGGACGAACCUGGCACUAUCUGGUGCCAAGCUGCAGAGAUUGCGUCGGCAAGUCCCAAUUCUUUCUGCAACGAGCUGGACUUCCAAGACUCGGAUCCUUUGGCAGAAUGCUUCUUCGAGACCUUUGUGAAGGCCUCGGCUGCCCCAGCAGAUGCUGUCUUCUCUGUCCUUGCACCAGAAGCCUACCGCAAUGUCGACAUCAACAUCAAUCGCGUGGUGAGUAAAGAUUCCACUUCAAGCGCAAGCUUGACCUCACAGCAUCAGUAUGCCGUUGUUUGCUUCGCGCAGGAUGAUUGGAACAUCCAGGCUGACGGCCUACCAUCGCCUGAAUACACUCCACCGGCAGGACCGAACCAAGUGAACUUGACGGACGCACGGCUCCUGACAGAUGCGAUUGGAUCACUGCUGACCUUGGAUGAGGCCCCACCAACUUUUUCUCUUCUGACGACCUUGGAUCCUACGCUGACGAACGAUCGCAUCGUUGUCACCUUCGCCUUGAACGAGGCUGGCACCACGUUCUGCCGGCCCACUCGACGUGACUCAGGCGAAACAGCUCAGGACAUCUCCAUUAAUCGAAUCAUCAGCGCGGGAUGGUCAGCGGUCGACGAUGGCAGUGGCAGCGAGCACACGAUCGAAAUAACCGGCCUUGAGAAUGUUAUGCUGAAUCAACUGGAGCCACUUGAUGAGGCACAGCAGUACGAUAUCUAUUGCUGGGCGAGGGACAACGCAACUGACAUGCAAGGGUUUUCCAGGGCGAACUUUAUGUCGCAUGCGUAUGUGGGGACGGCUAUCAGUAAUGACACCACGCCAAGCGGUGGAAAGAUCGAAGCUGUGUGGAUCACUGACAGCACUCCUCCGACGUUGUACUUUGUUCGGGCAGGUGGUGUGAAGACGGAGGACACACUGCAGGUUACUCUGCAGCUGUCGGAACCAGGGACGAUUUGGUGUCAGGUGGCCGAGCCGGCCAAUGCUUCCUCAGGCUCUCCGUAUUGCAACGAAGACGAGAUCAGCUCCAAUCUUCUCGAUGCUUGCUACUGGGAGAGCUUUGUCAAGGGCUCCAAUGCCCCCAGCACCUUCAGCGCGGACGUCCACACAGCUUUCGAGUAUGUCGAAGUGGAAAUCAAUCGCAUCUGGCGGAAGAACACAGCAUCAGAAGAUCCGCUCCUCCCGGAGACGGGCUACAAGAUCUUCUGCUACGCGGAGGAUGACUGGCCCACGAAAGCACGGAGUGUGACGACAUCUGUCUUCUUCAAUGAAUCUGGGCUGCAGCCGCAACAGAGCAGCCUCGCAGCUGUCACAGCAUUCAAGGACGCUGUCGGGCUUCGAACGACACUGGACCUGACGCCACCGAACAUCAACGUGUCAAACCCCACAGCACCGUCCGAGACGGCGAUUACCGUUCUCGUGUCGCUGUCGGAGGCCGGUACCGCCUGGUGCAAGCCCGUGAGGGAUUUUGCGGAUGCUCCAAGCUUGCUGGAGAUUCUGAGCGCGGGCUUCAGUGCCGCCAUGGCAGCGGAGCCCUACAUGGCGACGGUGAUGCUCAGUGGUGAAGAUGCCACCGUGCCCUUGGUUCGAGGAACAGACUACAAGGUUUUCUGCUACGCAGAAGAUGAUUCGUGCACUGGCUGUGCCUAUGGUGCCGGCAUCGGUUCCGAAGCGAUUGCAGAAACUCGAACGAGCAUCCGCACGCUGGACACAACGCCUCCGCAGUUGCGAGUGGUGAACGUUCGUUCCAUUGCUCGAGACCAGAUUCAAGUCACAAUCCAGGCUGACGAGGGCGUGCGCCUUUGGUGUGCAGCAUGGCCAGCCGACCUGCCUCCGACCGAUGACCUUGGAUUUCCUUUGAAUGCAACAAACUUCGAAGAGAUCAUCAAAGACUGGGCCACGAGUCCAGGAAGAUGCAUGGACUCUCUGGGCGUAGCUUGUGGAAGCUUUUGGGUCUACGACUUGGAUGACCUUGAGGACUCAGCCUUGGAUGGCAUGACGUCUUUAGCAUCGUACAGGGACGAGAGAACUUGGAGACACCAUGAGGACGUUGUUGUUGUACUGAAAGGUCUUUCGGAGCAGACCGAAUACAGCCACCUCUACUGCUAUGCAGAAGAUGACGAGGACGAUGGUCUUGGGGCUGCGGCGAACAAGAUGACUUACGACACUGGAGAGUAUUCCAGCCAGGUUAUCAUGAUUCAUCAGGGUCUUGGCAACGUGACCACGCUCGAUGAGACCCCGCCUACUUUUACUCAGCUGAGCAUACAGGAUCCGACGAAUUUCCCGGAUCGCAUUGAGAUCAGUUUCGCUCUGAACGAACCUGGAACAGCAUACUGUCGAGUCACGCGAUCUGAUUCCGGUGAAACGGGUGCUGACAUGUACAUCGCUUGGAUUCAGACAGCUGCCUGGUCAUCGACACACGAUGGGUCUACUUUGCCAGCAACGAUCGAGAUCAGCAAGCUGGAGAACCUGGAUCCGCUCCUCACGAAUCGGGAUGAUCAAACGGUUCCCAUUCUGGAGGCACAGCAGUAUGACGUCUACUGCUGGGCCAUGGACAGUGCCGUCGACACUGCCGGACUGGCAAGACCAAAUUACAUGACGCAGAGCUAUGCGAUCACGGAAGUGAAUUCCACAACCUCUCCGGCCGGAGGUUGGACACGAGGUGUCUGGGUGGUAGACUCCACCCCUCCGCAGAUCAUCUUAGUCGGUGCUGAGGCCGUCUCCUCGUCAGAGCUGCAAGUGACGCUUCAGCUCAACGAGCCUGGCACGGUUUGGUGUCAACCAGGUGACACCUCGGGCGAUGCGACGCAGUGCCAGAGCUCUGAAGUGCAGAAUCUAUCUUCCACCACCGAUUGCUUCUGGACCACGCUGAUACAAUCCAACGACUUCCGGGCGGAUGUUCAUGAAGCUUUCGUUGACGUCUCCAUCAACAUGAACCUUCUGCAUCCGCACCAGGGACAAGUGGCCAGCCUCCUCUCCCCGGAGACCGCAUACGAGAUUUUCUGCUACGCUGAGGACGACUGGCCCACGCAGGCCAAUGCUGCGGCGAAUUCCGUGAGCUUCGUGUCGGUGACCAGCCCCAACAACGUCUCCUUCGAUGACUCCCAGCUCUUGAGGACUGGCAUCGGCUUGCUGCCUACCCUGGAUGAGUCACCGCCGAACUUCACUACCCUGUCGAUUGCAGAUCCCACUGUGCAGAAUGACAGGAUUGUGGUGGUGUUUUCUCUCAACGAGGCUGGCACGGCAUAUUGUCGAGCCACUCGAUCAGACUCUGGUGAAACGGCCUCUGUCAUGACUAUCAACCGCAUAGUCAGUGCUGGCUGGUCAGCAAGCAAUGAUGGUUUGGGAAGCGGCAUGAUUGUCAUGACGCAUCUGGAAAACCUGACACUGCUCAACUUGCAGAGUGAACCUAUACUCGAAGCGACGCAGUACGAUGUGUAUUGCUUGGCGAAGGACAGCGCCGUUGAUGGCAAAGGCCUAGCUCGGGCAAACUGGAUGCAACAUGACUAUGUCUCCAGGGCCGUGGCUUCUCCGAACAGCCCCGAGGGUGGGAUGACAGCGGGCGUUUGGGUCGUCGACACAACGCCGCCGGCCCUGCUCCUCGUGGAUGUCUACGCCGCCGGCCAAGCGACGAUCCACCUGCGUCUGCAGCUCACCGAGCCAGGCACGGUCUGGUGUGCUCCUCUGGCGACUGACAACGCGACCUUCUGCAGUCUCGAUGAUAUGGCAGCAAACAUCACUGCAGGAUGUGAUUACGAGAGGUUCAUCAAGGACCAGCAGCCCUUGCAGGCGGCCUCGAGCGCCGAAGUCUCUGAGCCCAACAAAGAUGUUGAAGUGAAGGUGGACCGAAUUGUUACCCGUGACGGCCUGGCCACCUACGCCUUGGAAACGGAGCAAUCAUACAAUGUUUUCUGCUUUGCACAAGAUGAUUGGCCAUUGCAGGCAGCAACGGGUGCCUUGGUGCAGUCGCCAAACUUCGUGGCUCCAGGGGAGGCGCUGAAAAUUUCCUUAUCGGCUGCAGAAGCCUUUUCCAAUCUGGUUGGCAACAUCACAACGCUGGACGAGACACCUCCCAGCUUUACCUUGCUGCACGUAGAGGACCCCACUGCCAGUAAUGACCGCAUAAUCAUCACGCUGCAGCUCAACGAGCCGGGAACGGCCUACUGCCGAGCAGUCCGAUCCGACUCUGGUGAGGCUCCAAAUGACAUGCACAUCACUCGGAUAUUGACAGCAAAUUGGCCAGCACAGAACGACGGACUGAGCAACUCUACGAUUGAAAUCACUCAGCUGGAGAAUGUGGACCCAUUGUCCACAAGUCGUGAUGACGAAGUGGAGCCUAUCGCAGAAGCUGUCCAGUACGACGUGUAUUGCUGGGCCGAGGACAACGCGGUGGACAGUUCCGGCUAUGCGCGGCACAACUACAUGGCAAUCGAAUACACUCGCACCGAUGCCGUCACAUCGACGCAACCGCAAGGUGGCCGCAGUCCAGGCGUCUGGGUGCGGGACACCACGCCACCCAGAAUGGUAUUCGUCAGAGCAGAAGGCAUCUCCCAAGACACCUUGCAAGUGACGCUGCAGCUGGACGAGCCAGGAACGGUUUGGUGUGGCGCAGUGCAGACGGACACGGAUCCCGCCUAUUGCAUCCAUGGGUCAUCCCCAAGUGGCAGCUUCUCAGCGGAUCCAGGGCCCUGUGAGUACGAGGCCUUCCUAAAGGGUGAUGCGAAUGUGAGUUUCCAAGAAGAAGUCCAUGAGGCCGGAGUCUCCAUUCAGGUCGAGAUCAACAAAAUCAUCCGCACAGAUUCAGGAGCCGAUCCUCUGAUGCCGGAGACGAACUAUCACAUAUAUUGCUUCGCUGAAGAUGAUUGGCCAGCGGAUGCCAUGGGUGCCACGAUCCGUUCACAGUCCUAUACCGGCAACACGGCCAUACCAAACAAGGUUUCUUUGAACGAUGUCCUGAAUUUCAGUGACAGCGUUGACUUGCUCUUUGUGCCACGCACACUGGACGAAGCAGCGCCGAGCUUCACACUUCUUGAGAUCCAGGAUCCGACAGCGCGGAAUGAUCAGAUCCAAGUCGUUUUUGCUCUCAACGAGGUGGGAACCGCCUAUUGUCGACCGGUCCGUGCUGACAGCGCAGAGGCGGCUUUCCCACUGGGGAUCAACCGCAUCGUUUCUGCUGGCUGGUCCGCAGCACAUGACCCGUCAACAUCCGCGAGCAGCAGUCUGUUGAUCGCUGGAGUGCAGUCGUCGCCUCUGGAGGAGCUCGACGAAGCCAGGCAAUAUGAUGUUUAUUGCUGGGCUCAGGAUGAAGCAAAGAGCAAUUUCGGAUUUCCACGGCCGCAGUUCAUGUCGCAAGCAUACGUGAGCAGCGAUGUUGGCAACGUUACAGCACCCCAGGGAGGGAAAACUACCAAUGUCUGGACGCUGGACUCCACUGCGCCAACGCUGCUUUUCAUUGACUGGGAUGCCGUAAAGGAUGAGGAGACUCUGCAAGUCACCCUACAAUUGGAUGAGCCAGGGACCGUGUGGUGUCAGGCUGCAGAGGUUGUGGCAACCAAUACCAGUCAUUGUGGUGAUCUCGAGUUGCAGGACUCGGAUCCCAUGGCGGACUGCUACUUUGAGAAUUACAUAAAGGGCAACUUCUCCCACGUCUUCAAGCAGGAAGUCCACACGGCCUUCAAGGACGUGGAAGUGGAGGUGAACCGCCUUCCUUCGCGAGAUGGAUUCACUUCGAUUCCACUUUCUCGCAGAUCAGGAUACAAACUCUUCUGCUUCGCGGAGGAUGACUGGGUCGAGGAGGCCACCUUCGGCUCCAUCAACUUCGCCGCCCCAAGCUCCCCAAAUAAGGUGACUUUCGCGUCUGUGACGGCCUUCAAGGAUCUGGUGGGAACUGCGACAACGUUGGACCUCACGCCACCGAAUCUGACUCUGAUCGACGUUGCCGCAACCGAGGACAGAAUCGUGGUUUCUGUGUCGAUGGACGAAGCUGGCACGGUGUGGUGCCGUGCCUAUCGGAAGGGUGCUGCGAUGCCGCUGGCUCCGGAGAUCCUGGAAACAGGAUUCUACGUGGAGUCUCCCGCAGAAACUGUGGCUGAGGUUAACAUCACGGCAGAGAACGCAAAAGGUGAUCCCUUGGCGCAAGGAACAGAUUAUGAGGUGUACUGCUAUGCGGAGGAUGUCCCCUGCCUCCGCUGCUCGGUGGCAGCUGGAUCAUCCGUCGAGGAAAUCAGGAAGACGCAAGCUGGCAUCCGCACUCUUGAUGUCCUACCACCUCGGGUCACAGUCCUGUUUGCGGAAGCAUUAAGCAAGGACACCAUCCAGUUGACCCUUCAAGUGGACGAGGGAGCCAAGCUGUGGUGCGCAGCUUGGGAUUCCGAGCCUGCAGGUGUGAGCACAAGUUUCGAAGGGAUGAUCAAGGGUGCGAACUGCACUGAAAGUCAUCCUCCGCAGCGGCCGUGUGGCAGCUUCUGGAUCUACGACCUCGAUGACGUGGAGGACACACCUUUGGAUGGUGUGUCAACUCUCCAGGACAUUGCUGGCUUAUACCAGUACGGCCGGGAUGUACAGCUCACUCUUUUCGGCCUGACCGAAGCGACGGUGUAUGAUCACAUUUACUGCUUCGCUGAAGACGACGAAAUUGACGGUCUCGGGUCGGCACCGAACAAGAUGUACUACGACACAAGCGAUGCUCCAGCCGGAACGGAGUCCACCAGACUUGUCACUUCCGUGAAAGCGGCAGUCGGAUCUAUUGAGACCUUGGACGAGUCACCUGCGACUUUCACGCAGCUCGAAAUUACGGAUCCCACGGCUGAGGAGGGUCUCAUCACAGUGAGCGUUGCUCUCAACGAGCCCGGGACGGCAUACUGCCGCGUGACAAGGUCUGAUUCGGGAGAAGUCGGCUCCGACAUGCACGUGAAUCGGAUCCUUGCUGCUGGUUGGUCCGCUGUUCACGCUGGACCACCUGCAGAUGCUGUGACCAUCAAUAUCACCGCGCUGGACAGCGAUGUGCCUUUGGAUGUCCCUUCUGUCCCCGUGGAAGCGGCAACACAGUACGACGUCUACUGCUGGGCCCAGGACAAUGCCGUGAGCACCCUGGGCUUCGCGCGUCCGAACUACAUGACGCAGCAGUAUGCCACUUCUUCUGUAGUUUCUCCAUCGUCCCCUUCAGGGGGAGCCACUGCUGGAGUUUGGGUCACAGACAAGACUCCCCCUACCAUCAUCUAUGUCUCCUCGGAAGCUGUCUCCAGCGACACGGUGCAAGUCACUCUGCAGCUGGAUGAGCCUGGAACGAUAUGGUGUGCAGCUGCUGAGCCGGACUCAACUUCGAACUCUCAGAGCUGCAGGGAAGGUGAGCUGCAGGACUCGGAAGCUGAUCCAAGCAUCCAGCCAUGCUACUUCGAGACUGUUGCCAAGGGGACCUAUGCCGACGGAACUGUUUUCAAGGCUGAAGUCUCACAGCCCUUCAGGGAUGUGGACAUCGAGAUCAGCAGGAUUUGGGAUCGCAACGGCACCAGCACAAGCAAGUUGCAGCCGGAAACUCCCUACAAGAUCUUCUGUUUCGCGGAAGACGAUUGGGUUGUGCAAAGUACGGCCGGCGCGGUCAGUCCAAACUUUGUGGCACCGACGAGCCCCAACAAAUCGCCCUUGUCGCAGGGCCAGUCUCUCCUGGCUGCCAUCGGGACCAGGACGACCUUGGAUGAGAGCCCUCCACGCUUUACCAAGCUGCUCAUACAGAACCCCACGCAGAGCAACGAUCGCAUUGUUGUUGUCUUCGCACUGAACGAGCCUGGUACGGCAUACUGUCGAGCGAGACGUGUCGACUCCGCUGCGGCUGCAACAUCAAUGAAGAUACCCGACAUCCUUGCUGCCGGCUGGUCUGCAAGCUUCUCAGGGGCCGAUGCAACCAUUGAAAUGACGAAGACAUCCAUGCCACAUCCAGGUGUUGGGGCUCUCGACACGUCGACAGCCGACUUCGACGAGCAGACGCAGUACGAUGUCUUCUGCUGGGCCCAUGAUGAUGCUGUUGAUGGCAGGGGAUAUGCAAGACACAACCAGCAGACUGAAGAGUAUGUGAACACGGAACUGAACGGGGGCGAAGUCACCAACGCGACGCUGGAAGGUGGCAAGACACCAGGAGUUUGGGUGGCAGACACUACACCUCCCACCAUGCUGCUUGUACAGGCAGAAGCACUCCGGAGUGCCACUCUUCAGGUGCGGCUCCAAUUGAACGAGCCCGGUACCGUUUGGUGUGCUGCCACGGGCAAGGGCUCUCCAGGAAGCUACUGCUUGGAAAGCGAGCUGCAGUCAACAUCAUCUUCUGCAGAUUGCUUCUUCGAGGAUUACAUCAAAGGCAACGCCUCAGACGGCACAUCCUUUAGUGAGUAUGUUUCCGAGGCCUUCCAGGACGUGGAUGUGGAGAUCACGAGGAUUCUACAAAAAGAUAUGGCAGCUGGAUCACCGCUUCUGCCGGAGACGACUUAUCAGAUCUUCUGCAUGGCAGAGGACGACUGGAAAGAACAGGCGGACAAUGCCAAUUCUUCCGCCGAGUAUGUGUCGCCAACAGGCUCACCAGCUACAACCUUCGUCACGGUGCAGACUUUCGCGGACAGCAUCGGUGAACUCGCGACGCUGGAUGAGGCAGCUCCCAGCUUCACGUUGCUGGAAAUCCAAGAUCCGAGCGCUGAAGAAGGAGUCCUGGUCGUAAACUUCGCUCUAAACGAGGCAGGAACGGCGUACUGCAGGGCCACCCGCUCAGAUUCGGGCGAGUCUGCGGCGGACAUGCCGAUCAACAGGGUUCUGACCGCCAACUGGGUGGGUGAGUACGACGGCAGCAGCAAUGUCACCAUUGUCAUGAACAACUUAGAGAACGUUGAUCCCUCUGCCACAAAGCGCGACGAUGAAGUCGCAUCUUUGGGGGCUGGAACGCAGUACGAUGUUUACUGCUGGGCGAAGGACGAAGCCACAAACACCUUUGGAUACCCGCGACCGAAUUUCAUGGCGGCAAGCUACGUCGCAAGUCCAGUUCUUUCUGCGACUGCUCCAGCUGGAGGCUACACACGGGGUGUUUGGGUUACAGAUAGAACGCCGCCCACAAUGUUCUUCUCCGCCUUCGACGCUCUGUCGGAGGAGUCUCUUCUCGUGCAGCUUCAACUCAGCGAGCCUGGUACGGUCUGGUGUGCGGCAACGAUGCCCAACGGUGGCUCUUCCAGUUAUUGUCGACCGAACGACCUCCAGGACAUCGAUGCUUUGACUGCCUGCUACUACGAGGAUUACAUCAAAGGUUCAGCGGGGCAGGGCACGGUGUUCAUGAAGGAGGUCUCCGAUGCGUACACAGAUGUCUCGGUGGAGAUCGAUCGCAUAGCACUUUCUGGCAUUGGCGGAGCUGGAUUGGGGGCACCAUUGCCCGCAGAGACACAGUUUUCUGUGCUGUGCUUUGCGCAAGACUCGUGGGACUUGCGCAGUCAGGACGCUUUUUCACAGGGCCACGGGUCCCCGAACUUCGUUGCACCAGGUGGACCCAACAAGGUCACCCUGGCGCAGGUUCUCUCGUUCGUCACUGCAGCAGAGAGCCUCGGAGCUGUGGCCACCACGUUGGACCUCACAGCGCCAAGCACGACCAGCUGGGCCCUCCAUGCGCCUCCCGACUCCGAGUCCAGUUUGGAGAUCCUCUUCACAGUGGACGAGGCGGCAACGCUGUUUUGCCUACCUCUCCUCACAGGUGCGGAGACACCACACAUCAGCACUAUCACCGCAGAGGGAUAUUCUGCCAACUGUUCCGCUCCCUCCUUUGAUGCUGGCGACUGUUCCAGCCUGACCUUGGCACUGCCGGGGCUGUUGCGUGGCACGGGAUAUGAUGUUCAUUGCCAGCUCGAGGACGACAACAUGCAGCCCUUGCUUCCGAACCGUCGAGUUCUGCCUGUCCUUUCUGCUAGCGUCAACGACUUCACGCCUCCGCAGAUAAGCGUAGUUCGAGCCAGUGGCUCUGAGCCUGGGCUCAUCAUCGUGACAUUACAGCUUGAUGAGCCAGGUACGGUCUGGUGCUUCAGCCCAUCAACCGUGGGACAGGCUAUCUCGCCAGGAUGGGUGCUUGCCCACGGCUGGCGCUCGGAGACAGCUGCCGACGCAAACGUGGAUGUGGAGGUCACGGUGUCGCGCCGUGGCACCACGGAACUGCAGCUGGUCUCAGAAACCGCAUAUGAGACCUAUUGCGCUGCCCAAGACACAGCCACCAAUCCCAGCUGCACGGAUCCUGGCUGCCCAGCGGUUCCCAACCUGAACACGCUUGCAGAGAUGCAGCUUGUACGUGAUGCAGUCGGGCAGAUCAUCACCCGUGAUGUGGACCCACCCACCUUCUCUCUCCUUGGAGCCAGGGGUAUCAGCGAGGACAUGCUGUCUGUCACUCUGCAGUUGAACGAGCCCGGCACAGCCUACUGCCGUGCUACUCGCACCGAUGGAGCAUCUACAGCGUUGCACAUUUCUCAUAUAGUGCAAGCGGGAUUCCUUGCCACCAAUGAUGCGAUGGCACCUUCAAUUAUCAAUAUCCACAAGUUGGCCGAUCGUGCGACAGAAGCACCGUUGACCCGGGCAACAGCGUAUGACAUCUUCUGCUGGGCCAAGGAUUCAGCGCAGCUCCACUCCUGUCGGCCUCAGGGGACCAGCGCUGUCUGUAGCUUUGAGGCCUCUCCGAAUUACAUGGAGCAGAGCUAUGUGCAGACUCGUUUCUCUCAAGCAGUCCAUCCGCCGGAUCUCGAGACGGGUGCCAGCGGAGGCCUUAUAGAUAUGGUUCGCACCUGGGACACUACGCCGCCUGUUCUAACCUUCGUAUGGGCAGAAGCGCGAUCGGAGGAUUCGAUUACUGCAACCCUUCAACUUGAUGAGCCUGGAACUGCGUAUUGCCGAGCUUACGAUGUGAAUCCCGGAAACAACGCCACCUUCGCAGACGUCGUGGGUGCGCCGGGCGGACCUUUCAGUUUCGACCUUCCGUCGGACUCGCCACUGCGAAGCUUCACGGCCUCCGCGCAAAGAAACUUUGAGAUCACCGUGACCGGCCUGUCUCGGGAGGUGCUGUACUUCGUCUACUGCGUGGCAGAGGAUGAUGAAGCCACAGACGGGUGCUUUCAACGCAAUGCCACGGAAAGUCCGGAUUGUGGAAACAACGAGGCAGCGCCGAUUCUCACAGAACCACUUGGCCGGUAUUCCCUGGAUCUGACCCCGCCGACUCUUCUAGUGCUGGACGCUGUGUCCUACACACAGGAUUCUGUUCGAGUCACUGCCUCGUUGGACGAGGCAGGCACUGUGUGGUGUGCCGCCGUGCUCGACCUGCAGCCUCCACCUGCUACCAAUGAAGUCGUGGCUGCCGGAUAUCUUGCGAGCAUAGGGGCCGCUGGAGUUCUGGAUGUGACCAUACAGAACUUGAUGAGGGACACAGAAUAUGACGUUUACUGCUUCGCCCGAGACGACGGCACGAUGUCAGCGGCGAACAGUACGUUGGAGGUCAAGCUCUCAAAGAAGAACUCCAUCUCGUACUCAGACAUGGUGGCAACCAAAAUGGACGCCCACGUCAUCUAUGAUUCGGAGGCACCCCGUCUUCUUGCCGUGCAUCCUCCACACAAUGCUUUCGGAGUCGGUGCUGAGGUCAACAUCAGCCUCACAUUCAACGAGGACAUUCAGGCUGGCAACGGGACCAUCGAGCUACUGGCGACCGGCGAAGCUUCUGUCGCUCUGGAAGCGGCGGAAGUUUUGAUUGUGAACGCGGCCAUGAUCAUUACUGGGUCGAUGCACGGUGGCUUGGCCUUGGGCAAAACCUGGCGCCUGCUGGUGCCAAACGGUGCACUCACAGACCGAGCAGGCAAUGCCUUUGCAGGCGUUUCGGAUGGCCAGUAUGCUUUGCAACCAUGA